ACGGACUUGAAGACGGGACGGUGCGCAAGAUGGCGGCGGCCAGGGCGUUGGGAGCCGUGUUGGCCUCGGACGGCGAGGAGGCGUCCUGGAAAGAUGAGGAGAUGUGCGUGGUGGGGAUAUUUGGCAAGACCUCGGAUCUGAGCGCGCAGAAACAUGCUAUUAUCAACACCCUGUGCGACAAGCCGGUCUUCCCCCUCUACCCGGGGCUGCCCGGCGGCCAUCAUCAGGGCAACAACUUGCUGCAGUGCUACUACAACCAGGACAGCAAAGUCCUCUACCUGCUCCUCACCGCCGUUUGUGACCACCAGCAGCUGCUGCAGGCCUGCAGGGCCCUGGCCGACGAGGUUUCCCACGCCGAGGCCCACGAGUUCUGGAAAGGCGAGGAAAAGCUCCACUGUAUCCAUCUGCUCUACCUUUUCUCUGUCUCCCACAUCCUCCUCCUGGUCCACCCCACCUGCUCCUUCGACAUCACUUACGACCGUCUUUUUAGAGCUUUGGAUACCCUCAGGCAAAAGGUCCUUCCCUACCUGAAGAAUGCGAUUAAGGAUUGCCCAGUGGGGAAGGAAUGGAGAUUGAACUGUAGACCCUGCCCCCCGAGACUUCUCUUUAUUUUCCAGCUCAACGGGGCGUUAAAGGUUGAGCCGAAGGGUCUCGAUCCCUCGAACCUGGAUAAGCCCAAGAAGCAUUCCCCAAAGAGGAGGCUCCAGCAUGCCCUGGAGGAUCAGAUUUACAGAAUUUUCAGGAAGAGCAGGGUCCUGACCAACCAGAGCAUUAACUGUCUGUUCACUGUUCCUGCCAACCAGGCAUUUGUUUAUGUGCUGGCUGGGCAGGAGGAUGACCCGAUCAGUAUGUUGAUUGGGCAGCUGAAAAGCACUUGUGCCAUCAGGGAGCAGGAGUCCCUCCCUCUGCCUGGGUCACGACGCUAUCAGAUGCUGAGGCAUGUCCGCCAGCCAUCCUUCGUACUGGAAAGCAGCCUCAACAGUUCCAGUGGGCAGCUGGUGGACUGCACCCUGAAAGAAUUCCUAUGGCAACAUGUCGAGCUGGUUCUGACUAAAAAAGGAUUUGAGGAUAGUGUAGGGAGGAAUCCACAGCCAUCGCACUUUGAACUUCCUGCUUAUAAAAAUUGGUUAACAGUGGCUUCAAAACUCUAUGAUGUCAUGCUAAGCGGUAAGGAAGAGGAACUUGGAUUUCUUACUGGGGAUCUGUCCUGCAAGAUACAGGGUCAGUUAAAAGGACUUGAAGGGUUCUUGGAUGCAGAUAAUAAGUUUUCAGAAAAUCGUUGCCAAAAGGCCCUGCCUCUGGCACAUAGUGCCUACCAGUCAAAUCUACCUCACCAUUACACCACGACUGUCCAUAAGAACCAGUUAGCACAGGCCCUCCGUGUCUACAGCCAGCAUGCCCGUGGGCCAGCCUUCCAGAAGUAUGCCAUGCAGCUGCAUGAGGACUGCUACAAGUUUUGGAGUAACGGGCACCAGUUGUGCGAAGAGAGAAGCUUAACAGAUCAACACUGUGUUCAUAAGUUCCAUUUGCUGCCUAAACCAGGAGAAAAACCAGAACCUGACAGGAACCCGCCCGUGCUGUAUCACAACAGCCGUGCUCGCUCCACCAGCUCCUGCAACUGUGGCCGCAGGCAAGCCCCUCGAGAUGAUCCCUUCGACAUCAAGGCGGGCAACUACGAUUUCUAUCAGCUUCAAGAGGAGAAAUGCUGUGGGAAGCUCGAGCACUUCUACUUUCCUGUCUUUCAACCCAGCACUCCCGACCCAGCCCCAGCAAAAAAUGAAUCAAAUGUAUCAUCACUGCCCCCGCAAGAGGGUGAAGGAGAGAAAAUGAAAGAAAAAGAGGCUCAGACCCAAGGAGAGAGCACGAGUCUCAGUCUAGCACUCAGUCUUGGACAAUCCACUGACAGUCUAGGUACGUUUCCCCCUGACCCCCAUGCAGGGGGAGACAAUCCAGAUGCACAUGGCCAAGGAGGGGAAGCUAAAGCAGAAAAGAGACCCAGUCUUGUGGAUCGCCAGGUAUCCACAGUGGAAUAUCUGCCUGGCAUGUUAAAUUCUAGCUGUCCAAAGGGACUUUUGCCUAAAUUUUCAAGUUGGUCCUUCGUCAAGCUGGGGCCUUCCAAAGCUUACAACUUUCACAGAGGCCUGGACCAGAGUGGCUUCAUUCCUGGAACGAAUUACCUGAUGCCUUGGGACAUAGUCAUCAAGACCAGGUCAGAGGAUGAAGUUGACAUGGACAGUAAUUCCUGGCCUGCUCCCAACAAGUCCGUGCCAACCAAACGGGCUGGCACUGUGAUUGGCCGAGGCAGGCGGAGGGAUGACAUCGCACGGGCGUUUGUUGGCUUUGAAUAUGAGGAUUCUCGGGGUCGCAGAUUCAUGUGCUCAGGGCCAGAAAAGAUUAUGAAGGUAAUGGGGAGUGGGCCAAAAGAGUCUGCCAUCAAAGCCCUCUCCUCUGACAUGCCCUUGUACAUCCUGUCUCCAUCUCAAGGCCGAGGCCUUAAGCCUCACUACGCCCAGCUUAUGAGGCUUUUCAUUGUGGCUCCUGAUGCCCCGUUACAGAUUGUACUCACACCACAGGUUCAGCCUGGACCCCCACCCUGUCCGGUCUUUUACCCCGAGAAGCAGGAAAUACCUGUUCCACCGGAUGGACUCUGGGUUCUUCGUUUCCCUUAUGCCUACGUCACAGAUCGUGGACCCUGCUUCCCCCCGAAAGAGAACCAGCCAUUGAUGAGUUACCGGGUGCUACGGGGGAUCCUUAAGGCUAUCCCACAGUGAAGAUGCUUUUCUGGUUACAUGAAGCCUUUUUGAAAAAAGAAAAGUUCUCGCUUCCCCCCACCUCUUGUCUUGGCAGAAAGGUGGGAAGGAUCAUAUGUUGGCAUGGCCCAAGCCACAGCUUAGGGUUGAACCCGAAAGUCCUCCGUGGUGUGAAUCCUCCUGUCACCUGAACAGGCCAGGAGUGCACACAGAAUCAUUCAACAAAAAACAGACGUACCUUUCUCUGACUGAAAGGGUUAAGGACUCCAAGUUCAUGGGAAUUUCCUAUUACAGUAUUUCUCACACUGUGUAUAUUCUGGUAAAAUGAAAUGCAAUCUGUCUUGGUCAAAUUUUCCCCUGGAGUAUGUGAACAAACAUCAUCAGCACUUUGUUUUUCUAGGAAAAUGUUUUCUUCCUGUCAUAUGACAUAAACCAUGAGCCCAGUUGUGACAGUCAGUGGUUGAUGAUACAGCAAUUGGUUUGGUGUCAGAUGUAAAGGGAUAGCUCAGUGAUUUUCAUCAAAGGCCAUAGUUUUGAUUAAGGAUCCUAGUGUAUAUACACUGCUACUGAGAAACCUUAGCCAAAUCCUGACUGCACUGCAAAACCUCCAGUGACAGCUUCCCAUUAUUGAUUGGUCUCUUGAUAACCUUUACCUGGGUCUAUAAAAGUGGGUUUGGGUAGCAGUGAAUACUGAAAUUCAUCGUGGUGUGCUGCACGAAAAAGUGUUUUGUCAGCUCACUGGCUCCUGCAGUCUAACCUGAUGCACCCUAACUGGCAAAUUGUGCUGAAUAAGGAAGAGUUAACUGUUGUUAUGUUUUGCAUUGGGCUUGUGCCCAUGCAAAUGUUUGCUCAGAAUGGUAAAUUGUAUUUGAAUGUUUACACUGUAAUAGCUUUUAAUUAAAUGGUCCAGCGACAAACAAAUGUCCCUUGAGGCUUUUGAGUACCUUUGCUUUUCAGCUGUUGCUGGGUAAGUUUGCUAAAUCAAUGGUCAGAAUUUCUAUGAAAAUAAACAGUAAUUAAACUACCUUGCUGAAUGAUUGGUGUGCCCUCCAAUGCAAUACUAAAUCAGACACAGCAAGUGGUUCCAGGCUUAAUGUCCUGAUCUUUUCUGACUUGGAAUUUCAGCCAACACUGUUGGAGGACUAGGAUGGGAAGUUGACUCUUUCUGACUCGCUAGUAAUUGUGUUAGAAGGUGUCUAGCUCAGCUAUGGUUUGGCUUGGUUGUAGUGUCCCCAUGGACAAAUAACCUCACUGUCUGACUUGACAUGAAGAAUGACUACUUAAGUGAGAUUCAGAGACCUUGGCCUCAUCUGGAGGAGUAUCCCAGCAGCAGCUUCAGAAAAGAAGGGAUAAAAUUGGGUGAAGGGAAUGGCAGUGGAUUUUGUCCCAACAGAGAGCUAACGGAAAUUCCUAAAAAAAUUAACUUUCUCCUUCAUAAACAGUUGUGUGAAGUGUUUGAGUAUCUCGGGGCAGUAUUUCUCGGGAUGACAGUGGGUCCAACAGCAUCUAUCAGUUCUCCCCGAUAGAGCAGUAACAUAUAACUUCUACAAAACAUUGGCUCAAAGUGUUUGAGCAGGGCUUUUGAUGAGUGAAAUUAAUUGGAGCUCAGAUCAAGUGGGAAGCAUUUAGGCGCUGAAAUCAGUCACUGACACCAAUGCAAAUUUGUUGUCAAUGAAUGGUGAUCAGCCAUCAGAGUGACAGCUUCCGUUGGGUCCAUGGACCCAGAUCAGUUUCACAAGCCCUCAUGUGGUGGGCUGAUCCUUGAGUUGAUGAUAAAGUGGCCAGUUUAAUGUCAUAUCAAUUGUGCCACUCCAUUCACACCCUGAGAAGUGUGGUGCCAGUCGAACCAUCAAGUCUGUCAGCAGUGUUUUGUGAUGAGUUUUUCUUUCUCUUAUUAUCAAAAGGUCUUUGGCAGUCUGAUGUUUUGGAGUGAGACUUAUCCUUGAGAAUAUGGUGGAGCAUCUGGUCUGAUCACUUACUUUAGUGGCCUAAACUUUGAAGUGGUUGUGUGGAAGGAAGUUGAUCAGUUGGGAGUCUGGGGAGUGGGGUUGCUGAGGUUUAUGUGAGUGUUAAGUGCAGUCUAAGAUAAUUUUAGAUGUGAUAUUCUUGAUGUUGAAGAUUUAAUGUUGACACAACCUCUUAAUAGAUGUAAAGUAUACCUCACAGCUUAAGAAACCAAUUCUCCCGUUGCAAAUCCCAAAUUAAAAUAUAAUUGCAAAAAUGUGUAACUUCAGUGCCUUUUUACUUUAUGUAAUAUCUGUUCUUCAUCCGGAUGAAUAUGAUGUUCCAACUGCUGAACCCUAUCAAAAGCGAUUGAAUUAAGUCUUUGUUUUCUUUUUCUUCAUGGGAAGUGGCCAUCUCUAGCAAGGCCAAUGUUUAUUGCCCAUCCCUGGUCGCCCUUGAGAAGGUGAUACUGAGCUGCCUUCUUGGAAUGUAGACACACUCAAUGCUGUCAGGGAGGGAGAUCCAGGAUUUUUAUAAAGUGAGAGUAAAGGAACGACAAUAUAAUUCCAAAUCAGGAUGGCUUGAAUAGGAGCCUAACUCUGGGUCACUGGUGCUGUUGUGCAGUGCAGAGCACAAUAUCAGAACUUGGAAUUGCAUCAGUAGAAAUUGUUGUCAGAUGCAGCUAACCUUGUGUGGGCUAGCACUGGUGAAUCUUGAAAAGUUUGUGAAUAUAAUCCAAAAUACAGAAUGCAAUAUUGUGUUUCUUUAAUUGAUAUAGUUUUAAUUAAGUGGAUUGGCUACUUAAUCAUCCAUAAUAUUCUGUCUGCUUUUCUCAGCUCAUCUGUAAAAUUUUCCUUUGUGUCUUUAUUCCAUACAUAGGAUGCUAAUAAUCCUGAGGUGACUUGAUAGGGGAGGAUUUUUCUGUCUAUGAGGGGGUGGCGAGAAUAAGGGAACAGUGUUUAAAAAUUUUUUUUUACCCUAUGAUCUGUAUGUCCUUGCUUACUAUGAUCUGCCUGUACUGCUUGUAAACAAAGCUUUUCACUUGUACUUAGGUAUAAGUGACAAUAAAUCAAAUCAAGAAAAAGAGAUCUUCCAUCGAAGACUCUGAGGAGAAAUAUUGUCUUUCAUUGGGUCAUCAGUCUGUGUAAUUCUCUUCCCCCAUAGAACAAUACAGACUGGAUAAUUGAAUUUAUUCAAGGAAAAAUUAAGUGGACUUUUGAUAAACAAGGAAGCAAGAAUUUUUAGGAAGUUGGGUUGUGCUGUCAGUUAAGUGGAGUAGAGACAACAAUUAGAAAAAUUGAUCUAAUCGAAUGGCAGAGUAGAUUCCAAAGGCCAAAUGGUCUAAUCCUUGUUCCUAUUCCAAUGUUCUCCUGGUCUGUCUCUCAUUUUCUCCUCUUGAUAAAUUUCAUCUCAUCUGUUUGUA